GGAGGGGGUUGAGCUGACUGUUGUAGCCUAGUGCCUUCUUCCUUCCUUCCUUGCUUCCUUCCAUUCCACGCGUGGAACUCGCGGACGUCUGCUCGGCCAUGAAGAUCCCAGCGGAGCUGUGAAUUGCACUUCUUCCUUCUGACGAGGAGAAUGGAGACCAAGAGCAUGUACCUGACAACCUACGAGGAGCGGGAGAACGCCUCCAUGUACGAGGACGCCUACGAUGGACGCAACCUGUCCAAACUCAACCUGUGUGAUGAAGGUUCCGGGAGGCGGCGCAGGAAAGCUGAGCAGUGUUGCGGCCCGCUCAACUCCCUCUCCGGCGUCAAGUACGCCAUUGCGGCGCUCUACGUGCUCCUUCUUCUCACCAUCUUGGGACUCGGCCUGGCAGUGUCUCGCUCCCAGACGACCUCGCAGCGGCAGCAUCUGCUGAUGGAGAACUCUCAGGGUGACAUCCUGGAGAACAUCUGGAAGCUGGAGAACCUCUUCCAGAACCACAGCGACUGGCUGCAGAGGCUGGAGCUUCUGCUCAAGAGCCUGGAGGUGGACAUGAGGAGCAUGCAAGCUCACUCCCUCCACUCCGAGGGCUACCUGCUGCAGCUGGACGACCGGCUGGCCUCCUUCAGCAACUCGGCCGGCAGGAACCUGACGGGCCUGAGCGACGAGGUGGCCCGGACCUCCUCUUGGCUGCACGACCAGCACCUGCUGCUCAGGGAGACCUCGGGCCAGGUGAACGGGCUGAGAGAGAAGCUGGACGAGGUCAACUGGACGGUGGGAGCCGUCAAUCACACCUUCAGCAACGACAUCAACGUUCACCACCUGAAGAUCCAAGACUUGCAGAUCCAGAUCGGCAACAUUACAGAAGACACGUCCAGUCUGUGGGUGACGCACGUCCACACCGAGGCGCAGCUGAGGAACGAGAUGGAGAUCCUGAACACCAUCACUGAGGACCUCCGUCUGAAGGACUGGGAGCACACCUUGGCCCUGAAGAACGUCACUUUUAUAGAAGGGCCCCCGGGGCCAAAAGGAGAGAAGGGAGACACGGGGCCGCUGGGCCCCCCCGGGGCUCCUGGAUUGACGGGUUUAAGAGGCUUCGGUGGGGAAAAAGGCCUGCAGGGUCCUCGUGGUAUGAAAGGCUCCGUCGGUGUCGAUGGUGGUCAAGGAGCCAAAGGAGACAUCGGACCUGCCGGACCAAAAGGUGACAGAGGAGAACGAGGCAUGAAGGGAGAGAAGGGAGACCAAGGAUCCAAAAUCGUGGAGGACACCCUGGUGCGCCUGGUCAACGGCUCAGGUCCUCACGAGGGUCGCGUGGAGGUCUUCCACGAGCGGCGCUGGGGGACGGUGUGCGACGACGUGUGGGACAAAAAGGACGGAGAUGUGGUCUGCAGGAUGCUGGGAUACCGAGCAGCGGCCGAGGUCCAUAAGACGGCACGCUUUGGACAAGCGGGUGGGGAUGCAGCAGUCCCAACAGGAAGUGCCAAGGUGUCGCGUGUGGCUGCAGGCUCCGGUUUCAUCUGGAUGGACGACGUGGCGUGUACGGGCUCGGAGGACGCCAUCCACCAGUGCAAGUUCUCCGGGUGGGGCAAGACCAACUGCGGGCACGUGGAGGACGCCGGCGUGACGUGCGCCACUUAGGAAAAAGCACGCCCACCCCACCAUCAUCACGCAGGGCUUAGGACCUUGAUGACUGGUUGGACGUCCUCGUCCUGCUCCGACACAAAGGUUUUCAUUCACGCAGCGGAAGUGCGAUGCAUAAAGAGACGCCUCGUCAGACUCCGCCAGGAAUUCUGUGGAGGAAGCGGGUGGGGUUAAAGGUCAGCUUUGAAAGGACUGGCUCACAUGUAAUGUUUGAGGGGGGGCACGUCACGUCCAUGUGAGGCCUUAUUAUUAUUAUUAUUAUCAUUGUGAUUAUUAUGCUGAUUACUACACGACACAGCGCUUAGCCGUAGCCGUCCACGCCAGACCGAUGCCUCUAAUCCAAUAUCCUAGCAGCCCACUUUUAGCGGACAGCAAAAUGGCAGCCAGAAGACUAAAGCAGCGAAAAGAGCGGCCAAAGCAAACACGCAGGCGGUCUCCCUCGCAGCGCUUCUCCUGUCGUAUCAGCGGACACAAACAGGAUAUCCUCCGCUCUCCUUUGCCUGUUUUCUCAGGAAGCUUAGCCAAGUCGAUCGUGGCAACUUGGAUCGUCGGCCGUGGGAGGAAUGUUUUUGCUAGCGGAACGGCAUGCUCGCGUGCUGAAGAGGCAUCGCGGGCUCAGCCAAAGGACGCUUCCUCGCCGUCGCCUCCUCCUAACCUCGUGGGGCUUCGGGCCUCAAAUAACUCAAAUACUUCAACAUGAGAACAUGUGACAACCCUUAACAUGUGUCAUGUCAUACAUGUGCUUUUUAUUACCGUGUUCAGCAUGUGCUGUUCCACUCUGUACUACUAAACUCUGCAUACACACCGCUGAGAUAAUAAAGGUAGACUUGGUUAAAGCAGGUGAACACGCGCUGUCAUGCAAUCACACGUAUGAACAUUGCCGUGUCAGGUUUUAUUUCUAGAAGCCCUCAAAUGAAUACGUCUUUUGGGUUUGAUCAAUAAUGAGCGUCACAUGUACAUUGAUGAAACUUGGCAGAACGAGGGCACACGUGUCCAAAAAGGAACAGAAUUUAACAGUCUGCUUGCAUCGGGGCCCAAGUUGUGCAGUGACCCACCCAGUCCAGGAGAUGGCGCUACAGGACUGGCGUACAACAGUAUGGACGCACCAGCGGUGAAUUCCUCCCAGAAGGGCCGACUCAAACCAAAAUGGACUCUAACCAAAGCAAAUUUCCCCAUAGAAAGUAAUGUACGACCAAUUCAUCGCCCCCAGACACCCAUAAAUGGUAACACCAAACACUUCAUAGACAACCAUGUAGCUUCACAUUUUUAUCAUAUAAACUUUCUGUACAAAGUUUUUGAUGAUGUAAAACACGUAAGUGUGACAAACACCACAAAAGAGGAAAACAGGAAGGGGGAGAGACCUUGCCACUGAGGUGAGGUCUUUAUGUGAGGUCUCAUAAUAACACGCUCAAAGUGGGAUGGAAAAAAACUCAGAUUAAAGAGACGGGUGUCGGCAAGUGGCAUGUUUCGCUCCAAGGGUGGGUCCAGGCAUCCACAAGACUGCCAGCAACAUGGCCGCUGAUCCCCACGCCGAUGCAGCCUGGCUUCAUGUUGUGCUUGCUCAUUUCCACGCUGAGUCAGGUGGGAGGAUGUGAGCCAGUUGUCAUAAUAAAUGGUGACGGCACACACCAGGGCUCUGUCUGUGUGACUAAAUGAUUUUUCUCUCAGGAAAAGUGUUUUUAGCAGGUGUAAAAAGGCAUCCAUGGUGAUGUCAUCAGCAGGGUUGCAAGCGGCUUUUUUUGGCUGAGAUGUGACACGUGUGAUUGUUUAGACUACGAUACAUCCAGUUCGUGUUCCCUGUCUUCAUGUUGUAAACAUGACCGAGGCAGUCUUCCCAUUUACAGCCGCUGUCACAUUCCUGCUCCUUGUAGGCCUGCUUGGCCGAGGCACGGCCAAAGGGGACAGAGCGGGGAACAAGCUGUGCUGGGUGAAGACAAAAAAAGGAUUGUGUACACAUGUAGGGACAAGUGGACGUCUGAAUGAAGGUGCUGUCUCUG